CCUCAGAAGAAGACGGACUGCAGGGUAAACAGUGUGACCGGGUUUAUUAUUAUUAUGUGACAAUAUUCCUGACUUUUUCACUUCAGUUUUGUUUCUGUCUGUUUUUUUUUUUGAAGAUGUUCUUUAAAACCUGAGGUUAUUGAUUUGAACCUAUUAUUUCCAUAUAAUGGAAGCAGCAGAGGUUCGACUGGGCUGUUGCAGAAACCCUCUCUACACUCCUACUCACUCACAGCUUUGUGAUGAUGUACAGACAGAAACGUGUACAGCUUCAGGCGAAGGCCCUUUGGGACCCGUCGACCCCGCAGACCAUCAGAAACGUAUAAAAAAGGAAGAAUCUGAGGAUGAAGACUACUUCUCUAGAUGGACUUCAGUUGCUGCGAAAGGCUUCACACCUAUGGAUGAACAGAAACAUGUAAUAAAGGAAGAAUCUGAAGACGAAGACUUCUACCACUGUAAAGGGACAUCAAACCCCAUGGGCCACUGCUCAGCUGCGGAUGAACAGAGUGGUGGAAAUAAGAAUAUAAAAGAGGAAGAGCAUGAUGAAGAAGACUACAUCUGUACAAGAGUCUGUGAAACGAAUGAGCCCCAAUUAAAAGACUUCUCUUGCUCCUGGUGUUCCCUUUCCUACACAUCUCAAAUUUACCUCCAGAAACACAUCAGACAAUGGCAUGAUGAUGAAUAUCAGAGACUCAUAAUAUCAGGAGAGUUGAAAAAUGGGAAUCUGCCCAGUCAUAAACAAACCGUCUCUGAUCGCCUGAACAGAAACGUGUCUCAUGGACAGAAAGAAGCGUAUCCCUGUUCAGUGUGCGGUAAGAGUUUUUCUCAACAGAGCAACCUCCAACGACAUCAGCGCAUUCACACAGGAGAAAAACCUCAUAACUGCUCAGAGUGCGGGAAAACUUUCGCUCACAAAUGUAAUCUUCAACGACACCAGCGCAUUCACGGCCAAGGGAAGAACUACAGCUGCUCGGUGUGCGGGAAGAGUUUUGCCCAACAGAGUUACCUGCAGCAACACCAGGUCAUACAUACAGGACAGAAACCGUAUCAGUGCUCAGAGUGCGGGAAGAGUUUUAUUCGACAGAGUGAUCUCCAGCAGCACCUAGUGAUCCACACAGGAGAGAAGCCACACCGCUGCUCAGAGUGUGGGAAGAGUUUUAUCAGACAGAGUCACCUCCUCCGACACCAGAGGAUUCACACCGGAGAGAAGCCGUAUCGCUGCUCGGAGUGCGGGAAGAGUUUUGCCCAGCAGAGUUAUCUCCAACAACACCAGCGUGUUCACACGGGAGAGAAGCCGUACCGCUGCUCACAGUGUGGGAAGAGCUUUAUUCGACACGGUAACCUCCAAGAUCAUCAGCUCGUUCACAUAGACGUGAAACCGUAUUGCUGCUCAGAGUGCGGCAAGAGUUUUAUCCGACAGAGCGAACUCCAAGCACACCAGCGCAUCCACACGGGAGAGAAGCCGUAUCCAUGCUCAGACUGCGGAAAGCGUUUUAGAGGCAAGAGGCAUCUCAAAGCACAUCAAGUCAUUCACACAGCCGAGAAGGCUUAUUAUUGUACAGGGUGCACGAAGAGUUUUAUCAGACAGAGCGAUCUCCAAAACCACCCGUGUCUUCACACGGAGGAGAAGCCGUACCACUGCUUUACACUGUGGGAAGAGUUUUAUUCCACCGAAUGCUCCUGAUACGUUCACACAGGAUAGGAGAAAUUUCACUGCUCAAUAUGAGAGAAAAACUGUCAGUCAUCGUUUCUAAUAUUCCUUUAGUUCUCUUAUUCUUAUGAUAAUAUUGAUGUUACUCUGAUGCAUUUAAGAUACCUUUUACUGACAAGGAGGCCUGACUUCCUAGUGAUAGAUUUCACAUGAUCAUAUUGGCAUGAUUUGUUUAGAAUAUGUACAAGUACUGUAUAUUUCUGUGUGUUUGUAUAAAGUUUUAUAGUAAAUCAUGUAUUUAUAUUGUAUAAAGACCAGUGAGUGUAGGAAUUCAAUGUCAUGACAUAUGACCACUUUUAGUAUAAAUAAUAUAAAGCAAUGACUGUGGAUUUUGAUCUCGGGUUUCAUUCUCCCCGCCUUAAUCAGAAGUUAUUAUAGCAGGUUGCUUAAUUAUUAAUGAUUAUAACAUGAUGUAUUUGGAAUAAAGACUGUCACUCUCUCCAUGUUAUAACACAUCAUACAGUCAUUUCCUCACCAGCCCCUGUCUUUCCUCUUCUUUUGAAGCUAAUAAUAAUAAUAAAAAUAUUCAUUGAUAAACUGAAAAUCAUAAACUUUUAAAAGAUCUAUAGUGAAAACUACCAUGGUGGAACAUUUAAAGCUGUAUCUUUAAUAGAUUCUGUCCAUAAACAACAAACAGUGUUUACAAUGUCAAUGAUUAUAGGGUUUUGUUUGUUAAAUAAUAAAUGCUUUAUUUAUCAAUUCA